AUGCCAGGAGCAAAGAAGAAGUCCAAAGUCUUAUCGGGUGUGAGAAAGAAUGAAUCGAGAGAAGUGAGACACUUGGAUUCAUCCGAUGAAGAGAUGUCUGAUCAUAAUGAAGAGGAAGAAUAUUAUCAAGCUGAUCCAUAUGAGGACGAAUACGAGGAUGAAGAUGUUGUUUAUGAUGAUGGAGAAGAAGAAGAAGAAGUUGAGGUGGAAGGAGAAGAAGCUCUUCGCCAAAAACUAGAAGAACUCAAUUUGAAAGCUCAAUCAAGAGAAAACAAGCUGAUUGAGGAAGAGGAAGAAGCUGAAAAAGAAAGAUUAGGAAUUAACUCUAAAGCCGAAGUUUAUAAACCUGGUGAGGAUUUUGACACAAGGGAAUAUGAAAUGACUUUUCAAAAUAGAGCUUACGAAGUUCAUUAUAGAAUACGAAACGAAUGGCCAGCAUUGAGUUUUGACAUUUUGUCCCAACCUCUUGACAGUACGAAUUAUCCACUCUCAUGCUACUUUGUUGCGGGCGUUCAAACUGAUAACUCAAUUACUGAAAAGAAUUGUUAUUUAAUUAAGGCAUAUGAUAUGUACAAAACAAGAUAUGACUCUGAUGAGAGUGAUGUCGAGGAUGAAGAAGAUGAAGAAACUAUGGAUGAUGAACCAUCCCUUGAAUAUCAAAUGAUACCAAUUUCUGCGAAUGUGAACAGAGUUAGAGCAAUGCCUCAAAACAGAAAUAUUGUAGGAUUUUGGUGUGAAGAUGCAAAAGUCCAUAUUUAUGAUUUAACACAAAUGUCUUCAGUAUUGAGGCAGGAGAAUAUGGCCAAUUCUUUAAAAUCUAUCAAUAAGAGCAAGAAACCAAUUCAAACUUUUGAUUUCCAUCGAACGGAAGGUUUUGCUAUGGAUUGGUCCAAAUGUGUGGAAGGAAGAAUUGCCACUGGUGAUUGCAAUGGUGAAAUUAAUGUCAUGGAUAUUGAAGGAAGUGGUAUUUAUUCAUGGAAGAGAAUUUAUAACAAACCAUUUACUGGACAUUCCUCAAGUGUUGAAGAUAUCCAAUUUUCUCCAAAUGAAGAUACUGUUUUUGCAUCAUGCUCAUGUGAUAGAACCAUCAAAUUCUGGGAUACAAGAAGAAAGAACAGAAAACAUGGACUUUCAUUCCAAGCAAGUGAAGAUGCUGACGUGAAUGUUAUUUCAUGGAAUCCACUUACAACCUAUCUCAUUGCAAGUGGCGAUGAUAAUGGUCAGAUUCGUAUUUGGGACAUGCGUCAAUGCUCAGAUCAAGAAACUGCUCUGAAACCAGUUGGUCAAUUCUCCUAUCACCACACUGCCAUUUCCUCAAUCGAAUGGAAUCCACAUGACUCCACCAUACUUGCAGCCUCAGAUUCCAAACAAGUCACCAUUUGGGAUCUCAGUUUAGAAAGAGACGCUGAACAAGAACAAAUCGAAAAAGAAAUUGGUGAAGAAUAUCCUCCUCAAUUACUUUUCGAACAUUUGGGUCAGAAUGAAGUGAAAGAAGUGCAUUGGCAUCCUCGAAUCAAGAAUAUGCUCCUCACAACAAGUCUUGAUGGCUACUCUCUCUUCAUUCCAGAAAAUCUCUCAGAGGAGGCGCUCAUGAUGGAUCACAAUUCUGAGAUGGCCGACCAAUAA